AUGAAGAGCUUUUCUAAGCGCGAGGCUGACCGGAGGAUGUUCCUGGAACAGGUCCGGGAGAGCAAGGAGAACGGCUACCUCCUGUCUUCAAAGAAGAUCGGCUCGGGAGCUUUCUCCAGAGUCUACCUGGGCUAUGCCACCCAAGAAAAACAUGAAACGGCUAAGCUGGCCUCGGACCAGGAGCAAGCUUAUACCCCUAUGGUUGCCAUAAAGAUCAUCUCCACGGCAGAAGCACCAGUCGAAUAUACCAAAAAGUUCCUCCCUAGAGAAAUCUACUCCCUCAACGUUACCUACAAGCACUUGAAUGUUAUUCAGCUUUACGAGAUGUACCGGAACAGCAAGCGCACCUACUUGGUCCUGGAGCUGGCCUCCCGAGGAGACCUCCUGGAACACAUAAACGCCACCUCAGACAGGAGGGAGUAUCCCGGGCUGGAGGAAGAGGAGGCACGGAGGCUCUUCCGCCAGAUUGUCAGUGCUGUGGCGCACUGCCACAAUGUUGGCAUCGUCCACAGAGACUUGAAAUGCGAGAAUGUUUUGCUGGAUGAACGCGGCUUCAUUAAACUAACAGAUUUUGGGUUUGCCAACCGCUAUUCCCUGAAGAAUUCCCUCAUGAGCACCUUCUGCGGCUCGGUGGCCUACACAGCCCCUGAAAUCCUCAUGAGCAAGAAGUACAACGGGGAGCUGGCUGACCUGUGGAGCCUUGGGGUGAUCCUCUACGCCAUGGUGACAGGCAAGCUCCCCUUCAAGGAGCGCCAACCGCACAAGAUGAUCCACGUGAUCAAGCAAGGACUGGCCUUCCGGCAGCCCAUCUCGCCAGAGUGCCAGAAUCUCAUCGAGGGCUUGCUGCAGCUGAAGCCAGCGGCCCGCCUGGGGCUGCAGCAAGUGGCCACCCACCGCUGGAUGCUGCCGGCCACCUCUGCCAUCUUCCACCGGGUGAUGAGCUCCAUCGGGGUCCAUCCGGAGUGCAACGCCAGCCAAGAGAAGCCCACAGCAGUGCAAGCCGAGACUGGAGGCUCCAAGUCGCAAUUCCCAGGCCUGGAGGGCACAGCCAAGACUUCCGAGGGACUGGCCAAGGAAACCAAAACCCUGCCGACCCCGCGGGCCUCCUCCGCGACGGGAGCGUUUGCCACCAGACCCAAGGUGGAGAGGAAGAGCCCCGAGGCCCUCCCGGGCAGUUGCGUCCUCCAGCUCCCGUCCCCACGGAAGGCAGAGCGGCCCCCGAGACUCUCCUUGUACCGGCCCAGCCUGCUGACCACGCUGCAGCCUUUCCACCACCUGCCCAACUUCCGCAAGCCCGGCUCCACCCUCUCCACCAGCGCCUACGUGGCCAGCAAGAGGCUCGGGGACAAGGUCCCUGCCCGGGCCGCAGCGCUGGGCAGCGGCUCCUCCAGCCUCUCCAAGCAGGUGCAUUCCCUCUACACCAUGACUCCGUGCCCGUGAGCCACGCCCCAGCCCCACGCCCCUCUGGAGCCCACGCGGCUUCCCUGCGGGGGGGCCUGACCCUGCGCCGGAGGACAGGAUGGCGGGAGCGCUAUUAAAUCUUAUUCCGAGCCCCGGCCUGCCUGCUGGAGUGUCUGUGCUGCCCGGGGCAGGGCUGGCCCUCUGGCUCCCACUGCAGCCGUGGAACUGAGCAGGAGGAGGAGGCGGCAGUCGGGCUGCCGGAGCGACCGCAGCGGCCCUAGCGCUGUUAUUCUGCUUCUCUAUAUACAUCAAUGUAUCUUU